AUGGAAACCUGGACAGAAAAAACAACGCCCGAGGGAAAAGUAAAAACACCUGAGGGAGAAGAACAAACAUCGCACGAGGUGCUUACUCUCAUGCGUCGCCAAAAGGCACUAAUGAACUCAUUAUCCCGGCUCAUUGACGGUCGAGUUAAGGAAGAAGUUCCCAUUCAAUGCCUGGAGGCAAUGAAUAAACUCUGGAGCCAAAUUGAAGAACUACAUUAUUCAAUUUGGGAGAAGUGCGAAAACCCACUUACAGAGGGUUACGACAUGAACUCUUAUUCAGAGUUUGAAAUAAAAAUUCUGAAGAACCGAUCGUCACUAAAAGGACCUACCAAUAAUACAAGGAAUGAUCAUCUGUCAGUGCAGCUCCCAAAGAUGACAAUCCCGAAGUUUGAUGGCGAUUAUCUAAAAUGGCAGACGUUUUCUGUCAUCUUCACCAAGAUGAUACACCACCAAGAUUUACCGCAAAUACAAAAAAUGUGGUAUUUAAAAACAAAUGUGUCUGGUGAUGCAGAACGCCUGCUAAGGCACUUGGAACUGACAGAGGAAAACUACACGAUCGCAUGGCAGACUCUUCAAGACCGAUUUAGCAACAAAAGGGCCCAGACGUUGUCCCUUAUUCAAAAAAUUUUGGGUUUGCCGCAGCAAAACUCCGAAGUAAAAACCAUGAGAGAGUUUCAUGAUACAAUUCAUGAAUCUUUGGCAGCUUUGAAGGCUCUCAGCAUCGAUACAGACUCGUGGGCUCCUCUACUCAUUUAUCUAUUAACAAAGAAGUUAGAUCGACAAAGCCAUCUACUAUAUGAGCAAUCUGUCAAAAACCCUCGAGAACUUCCAACAAUAGAAGAAUUCCUCAAAUUCUUGAAGAGCCGUUUUGAGGCCCUAGAAGCUGUUGGGGAAAAGACCGAACCAAGGUGGUAUCCAACAUUGCUACCUCCAACAUCGAUAACUGCAAGGUAUGUGGCAAUAAGAACCACCCAAUUUUUUAUUGCGAAAAGUUCCUGA